CGGACCAAACUAUUCCACCGGCGCCGAGGGGAGACACACAUUCUCAUGCAGCUCUUCAAGUGCUUUCAUUCAUUGCGUAUUAAUAUUUUUAAUUCUCGUGUUUUCCGUUUUGUUUUUAAAUCUGCGCGUUUGCACAGUGGUCUCUGAGUGAGUAGGUAUGCAGAAGGGAGUGAAGAUGAAGAUAGCACCUGAUCAGACCACGGAUGGGUUUAUUCCAGGGGACGUAGUGUUUGCUAAGAUGAAGGGCUAUCCUUUCUGGCCCGCCAGGAUUGGUGAAGGAAGAGCCCCCAAAAAUAAGAUCCCCAUCUUCUUUUAUGGAACACACUCGACAACGUUCCUCUUCCCCAAAGACGUUGUCCCCUACUGGCCAAACAAAGAGAAGUACGGCCGGCCAAUCAAACGGGGCGGCUUCGAGGAGGGCAUGUGGGAGAUCGAGAACAACCCGGGUGUGGGCCUCAGAGGUCAAAAGAAAGCAGCGCUGGAGAAACGACUGUCAGAGAGUCGACUGAAACCGAAAGACCGGACGAAGAAAAAGAAGAAGAAGAAGAAGAAGGAGGAGGAGGAGGAGGAGGAGGAGGAGGAAGCAGAAAAUCAGAGCGGAGCCAAGAACCAGACGCCUCGUAAGAGAGAGCCUCCGGUGAAGAGCAGCACCGAGCCGGCAGACGAUAAGACCACCGCCACCAGAUCCACUCGCUCCAGGGAUUCGACGGAGGAGGCCGCCGCCCAGAAGAGGAGGGUCUUACCGUCCGGGAGGAUCGUAUUCUCUCGCCGGGCGACCGCCGCGAAGACGCUUUCAGCUCGCAGGAAACACGCGCUGAACAGAAAGAUCGUUUCUAACGCCAAGAAGCGGAGAGACGCUCGCGGCCUCAAGCAGCCGCCGAGGACGACGCGGUCUUCUGCCGACCUGACCCUGACCUCGGACCGGACCCCUGCCGCGCCGCUGAAGAGGAGACGCUCCCGAACGGACCCCGACGCCCGCGUCCCUCUCCCUGAGACGGACAGCUCCCGCCCAGCAGACUCCAAGAGGAAACGGCUGACGGAGGAGCAAACGCCGGCUCCAGAAGAACCACGAGACGAGUCUGAACGGACCGAGGCGAGCGAGGAGAGGAAAGCAGCGGAUGAAGAGGAGAGAGCGGACGAGAGCGCCGUGGAGACGUCUGUCUGUGUCUCUCAGAGGAGCAGGAUCCUGGCCGAGAAGAGGCAGAGCGUGCUGAAGUCUCUGCAGGGACUGGUGACCUCCACCAGAGGAAAGACGCAGAGCGGCGCCGAGGAGCCGCUGAAACCCCCCGAGAGGGGCCCCGGGGCCCGGAGCCCCGUCGAGCCCGCGGCCGAGGAAGAGGAGGAGGAUCCGGAGCAGAACGGAGAACCCGAUAAGACCGAACAGCAGAACAACAGCAGCAGCAGAGAGGAAGAGCACAAAGCUCACUCUCUCUCCGUCACAGACUCUUUGCUCUACCGGCUGCACGGAGACAUCAGGAUCUCGAUGACCCUCGAGAAUCCAGAUGUCAGUAAGUGUUUACUGGCUCUGGACGAGCUGAGCACCGUCCCGGUCUCGUCCCGAAACAUUCAGAACCACAGCGAGCUCAUCGACACGCUCAGAAAGAUGCGAUGGUUUCGAGGCAGCGAGGCGAUCAUGUUUAAAGCAUCCAUGUUAUAUCAUCGCUUUAAAAACAUCUACCUCAUCGGAGACGCUGAUGAGACUCUGAGUCAGGAGUACAUCAACACACUGCAGGAGGAGAGAGAGACGGACAACGGAGCAGCUGUCAGUCCGACGAGCGUCUUCGAAGAAACCCGAGACACGAAACAAGCGCCUCGAACCACUGAACACGUGCCUCACAGCGCGGACAGGAGCUGACGCGAGGAAACCGCCGGCGUUUUUUUAUUGUUUUGUUAUCCUAAAAUCAGGCUUUUUAUCUGCUGCUGGAGAGUUUUAUCUGGCCGCGGUUGCAGUUAUUUAUUCAGGCUGAUGAGAAGAGGCCGUCCAGUGCUCGUCUGGGAUCUCCACACCAGGUUUUCCGGUCAUAGAUGAAACCUAAUGCCAUGAAGACAGUGUUUUAGUUCUUGGAUACUUCAGUGCGGUGCAGAAGACGAGGGAGAGACUCUAAUGGAGGUCAGAAGCGGCGAUGUUCCUCCUGUCGGUCCUUCAUCAAGCGCUUUCUCUCGUGAGGCCGAUGCCGACUGACCGGAUGCAGCCUUCUCUUUCGUCACGGAGCAUUAAGUCACAUCAGCGGUGAAGCAGACUCGAGGGAAAUCUGCCUAAAUGUUGUCUGAAAUGUAGUUGGGCGCCUCCCGGAGCGAGGCUUGUUCUCUGUUCUGUUCGUGAGAUGUGACUCGAUCAUGUACUUUAAACCCCAGCAUUAAAAUGUUAAACGGUGUGUUUUAUACACAGGGCAGCUACGUUAUGUUCAUGCAGUGACUCUGAGGAAAACACUCGUUCACACACACACACACACACACACACACACACACACACACACACACACACACACACACAGUAUCUGAUCUGAAUCCGGUGCUCAUACAACAGAAGCUGUCUUUACUGAAUUCAUUUAGACGUGACCCGUUCUAGCUCAGACGCCCCUAGAUUUGUAUUCUUACACACCUGCAUGUGCUUCAUGUGGAUACUACAGUGAAUAUGCAUUAAACUGAUCUUCAGCA